AUGCAUACGUUAUUGGUUGCGGUAGUUGGUUUUUUCUUUUAUUUCAAUGUAUUCGCAUUUCUUGACGAGAAUGAUGCAUCUGUUGUUAAAUUUAAAGUAGAAUUCGAGAACAGUGAGCCCAAGCCCAAGUUGUCGGACACUCGUCGCCGACAUCACAGCGGCGAAAAGGCUCUUAGAAUAAGAAACGAUCAUCUUACUAACAUUUAUAAGCAAGCAUUGAGAAUACGUGGAGGAAAUACAACUGAUACAAAGAAUUAUCCUUAUAUCGCUGCUAUUAUCAUAAACGGCAGGCUGUGGUGUGCUGGCACUAUUGUAGACGUGAAUUGGGUCUUAACUGCUGCACACUGUCUAAAUUAUGUCCUGCAUGUCGCACCGAUGAAGACUUUAGGACAGUAUGUAAAAGUAAGGGUAGGCAGCGCACAUCCUCACGAGGGGGGGCUAUUAGUGGACGUGGCCGGCGCAGUGCGACAUCCCAAGUUUGAAGAAGAACCAGUUCCGCAUGCCGAUAUAGCUCUGUUGAAACUCGUUGAUAAUUUAGAGUUUCAACAACAUAUAAAUUUAAUUAAGAUUUACGAUGGCAUGAAGGAACCUUACGCGCAAAGUUUUGUUUCCGUUACCGGCUGGGGAGCUACACGCGGUUCGGACACGGCUUUUCGAGAUCAUACUCCGGACCUCAUGACUGCACGACUUAAAGUGCGCACGCGCAGCUAUUGUUCGGACGCGUAUCAGUUAGUUAAUGGAUUUCUAUUCACACCCGACUUCUUCUGUGCUUCAUUGAGAAAUGGAACAAGAGAUGCUUGUUUGUUCGACGCUGGCGCCCCCGCCGUGCAGCACAACCGCUUGAUGGGAGUUAUGAGCUUUGGGCCAGAGCGUUGCGGUCAUGAAUUCCAGCCCGCUGUCUUCAUUAAGGCUUUUUACUUUAGGGAUUUUGUUAAGCAUACAAUAUCAUCAUACAAAACGACAGCAGAACUAAUAGAAGCCAUGCAAGACAUAGACCCCGUCGUAAGGCCGCCAGUUCAUGUGCGCAAUGAGGAGUAUAUAGAAAAUCCAGAGGAAGUCACUGCGCCGGACACUAAACAUGAU